GAGUUUAAGAUCGCGUCGGACAAUUGGCGGUUAUAUGUAGAACGGCUUGAACAGUAUUUCUUGUGUAACAACAUUAAAACUGAGUUGCAAGUGCCUACUUUAGUGACCGUGAUUGGUGCCGAGUGUUAUGAACUCUUAGUAAACUUGUGUACGCCAGAUAAACCUACUUCAAAGACUUUCACCGAAUUGACCACCAUUUUAGAAAAACAUUUACAACCUAAACCCAGUGUACUGGCAGAACGUUAUAAAUUUAGACAUAGGAAGCAGGGAGAUAGCGAAUCGAUGUCUAAUUACGUGGCAGUUUUAAAAAGAAUGUCUAAGACGUGUGACUUUGGAACGUGGCUAGAAGAUAGUUUGAGGGAUCAGUUUGUAUGCGGAAUUCACAGCGAGACCGUUCGGCAGAGGCUUUUUGCUGAGGAUAAGCUAGACUUCGCAAAGGCUUUUAAUCUGGCAGUUAGUAUGGAAGCAGCCGAGAAGGACGCCGCGAUGGUUGAUGGGUCUCGAAAGCCUGCUAGCGACGGGACAAGCACGGUGGCGUCAUGUCAAGCGAUAGCGGCGAGUACGUCACGGCGUAGGAAGGACGGCGCGCGGGGACCAUGGCAACCGCGGGGCGCAGAGCGAGGCGCCAGCGCAGGCCGGGGCGGCCGCGUCAGCGGUUGGCAGGCGGGGACGGCGGCGUCGGUGGGAAAACGGCGUGACGCACACUGUAACGCUUGCGGCGGGACACACGGCACGGAAACCUGUCGGUUCGCGCGUUAUGUGUGCAAAGUAUGCAACAAGCAGGGACACUUGCAGCGAGUGUGUCCGUUAAUGGUGGAUACUCACAGCAUGGAGGUGAAGAACAUGGUCCGGCAGGGUGAAACAUAUAGUGAGGACAGUGACAUGAGUGACGAGUUCCAGAUUUUGUGACGUGUUCGCGGAUGGUUUGGGGCGGUUCACCGGCGGUCGCGUGAGCAUCCACCUGCGGGAGGGCGCGCGGCCGG